ACCCCCGUUCCCGCCCGAACCCCCAGAUUCCCCGCCGGCCACCACCGCAACUCCGGCGAUGUCGGCGUCCGCCGCCGCCGCCGCCGCCGCCUACGGCACGCCCCCGUCGCAGCAACCCCCUCCCCCCACCGCGGAAUCCGUCCUCCGCGUCGCCUCCCGCGACCCCUCCGCGGCGGCGCCCCUCCUCCAGGCGCUCCCGCCCGACGGCCUCGACGACGUCCUCUCCUCGCUCUCCCCCGCCUCGCCGCCGAACCACCUCGCCCUCCUCCCCGCGGUGCUCGCCCUCUCCCCCUCCCCCACCGCGGCGGCCGCCGCGCUCUCCGCGCUCCUCUCCGCGCCCAGCUGGCCAUCCCCGACCCUGCUCGCCGUCGCCUCCCUCCUCCGCGACCUCCCCGCGGCCUACCGCCACCGCGUCCCGGCUUUCGUCGCGAAGGUCCUCUCCCUCCUCCCCGCCGCUGACGCCCAGGACCUCCCCGCGCUCGCCUACCAGCUCCUCCUCCUCGCCUCCAAGCCGCUCCACCCGCGAGCCGUCCUCUCGGGCCUCCUCCGCUUCUUCGGCGGCCACAGGGGCGCCCGCCUGCGCGCGCCGCCGUCCAUCGCGCGGCAGGUGGAGGGGACCGUGCUGAUGCACGUCGCCUUCGCGGUCAAGCAGGACCCCGCGCUGGCGAGGGAGGUCGUGGCCGCCGUCAAGGCCGACGCGGCGGGGACGCUCAGCGGGUUCGCCGUGGCGGUGCUGCUGUCCGUGGCCCGCGUGCGGAGGUUCAACGACGCCGCGGUGGGCGUGCUCCGGGACGCCGUCAUCACGUCUCGCCGGGAUUAUCGGAUAUCGAGGCGCUGCAAAUGGUUGCCGGAAUGCCUGAAAGGGGAGUGCGCCCGGGCUGCUAACUGCGUGGAGAAGGCAUUACUGAAAGCUGUUGGCGAGAGCAUUGGUGGAAGGGAGCAUGUUGUGCCAAGCAUUGUUCAAGUGGGUUUUCUCCUGUUGGAGGCCUCAGAUAGUGACAGAAAGGAGGAAGUUGGCUUCAAUGAAGGGGUUAUGAGCACUGAAGAAGUAGGUGUUAAUAUGCUCAAGUCAUUGUUUGAUAUCCAUGGAAUGGCACGAACUGAGAUAAUCGAGCAGUGCAAGUUCCGGAUUCUCUCCGUGAAGCCUUCUCAAAGUUUACCAGUCAUUAGACUGCUUGGAGGUUUAGUUCGUACUCAUCCAUUUCAAAUGCUUGAAUACAUUUCGCACCUUAAAGAAUUGCUGGACUAUUUUGCAUUCUUGAAUGACAAGAUAUCAAUUGGUCUGAUCAACUGUAUCCUGCCACUCACGAAGUUUAGCCGUGAUCUAAAGGAUUACAUAAUAUUGGUUAUAAGGAAGGCCAUGUUCAAGCGGGAGGAUGCUGUGCGGAUUGCUGCCACAAAUGCUAUUGUUGAACUGAUUAUUGCAGAGAACAAGCAUAAGAGAACCGAAGCAAAUCCUUUUCAAGACUCAUCUAGUCAACCAAGCUCUAGCCAGCAACCUGAAACACAUUUAGAGAUUGGUGGGGGUCUCUUUCAAGAACUGAGUGGAUUACUUCGCAGAUGUUUCAUGCAGCAGGCUAGAGUCAAAGAGGUCUUGUACAAUGGACUCAUACAAAUUGUUACCUCAGAUCCGUCUAUUGCUGAGAAUGUCCUUGAUUUCCUUUGGCCGCACUUCCUAAACUAUUACACAGAGCAUGCAGAAUGUCCCCUUAAAAUUGACUCGUGUUUUAAAAUCGAGAAUGCCAAAGUAAGCAUUGUGGAACCAAUAGAUUGCCUACUAUCAUGUAUCUCAUGUAUUCUUCAAGUUCAACAAAAUAGUAAAUGUGAACAACCACGAGAUGCAUAUUGGAAGUGCUUCGGGUUUGCUCCUUCGCAGGAUAAUGAGGUUGGAAGAUUAUCAUCAAGUGACUUAUUCGUGAAAGCUUUAUCAAACACCCAGAAGUACUUGAGGAAAUGUCUUGCAGAAGAUCAACGAGGGCAGACCCAAGAAACCUGUUCUCUUUCUUCACAUUUGGACACGGCUCAUUGCCAUAAUUUUGCUAUGAUUGGAAUCAUUGAGGUUUUUAUCGGUUUUACUGCUUCAAAACUAGAGAAAGUAGCUGAUGAGCAAAAGGAAAUGUUAGAAAAAGAAAUACUGGACCUUAUUGAUGCACAUAGUAGCUUUGAGAGAAAAAAAAGCAAGAAUAAGGAGAAGGUUGCGCAAAGAGCAGGGAAUUCAAGUGAUUCUACUGCAAAGCAGAUGAAUGGACCCAAGGAGUAUUACAGUGCAACACUGCAGAAAUUAAAUGAAAGGAGGGAGACCUUUAUGGAUUCCAGUUUAUAUGAACUUGUAAGGGUGUGUGUCAAGCAGUGUGAUGCUGAUAACCUUGAAAAAUGCAGUCAGCGUCCUACCCAAUCUAAAUUGAACCAAUGCCACAGUCUAUUAUCUUUUGUUCUGAAAGCCUGUUAUAGAAUGUUCAAAUCACUUGCAGCCAAGGGAAGUGGAGCGACUACUGGAAAUGUAAGAGCUGUGCUGUAUGAAGAUGUAAAAAAGUUAGUGGGGCCAAUGAUGCAGCUUAUAUGGUGGAUAAUGCUAGAUUCAAAGCAAGAAAAUGGUGGAACCAAGAGGAACUUGACCCAAGGGAAGAAACACAUGGAUAGCAAAAAGGACCAACUGUAUCUAGCAUUGACAUGCCUAACAGAAAUGUCUAAGCUAAGUGUUCCAGAAGAUCAUCCUGGUGAUAUUAUUGAUGUCCUGGUAUCAUCAGCUCCGCCAAAUAUAGAAGAUAUGGUGCAUUGCAGCCAGCUUCUUGGCAGGAAUGACACUGAUCCAAAUACAGGAAGUGUCCAUGUUUUUCUGAAUAUAUUAAAGAUGUUAUAUGUUCGAGUUCUUUCCCAGUCACUACCACGUGAAUCUGAGGCUGUAACUGAACUGAUUCUCGGCAUAUCAAGAAAGCUACAUCAUGAACAAAGUCACCUUGUUGGACAUUGGGCUGCAAGUUUGUGUCAAAAAACUAUUCUCCAGAAUCCAAGCAUUGCACAGGAGAUGGUAAAACUUGCUAUCCAUCUUAUGAUAGCUCCAGAUGAUCUGGUUCUCGUGCAUGAAAUGACUGCAGAGUUGAAGUUGAUAACCACUGGAGAAGAGGACUCGAGAGAUUCGUCAGAGACAUUUCCUGUUAUAAAUUGUAAAACAAAGAAUUCACUUGCUGCUGUGUUUCUUCAAAUGGUUGAAUCAUCUCUUACUGAGCUGGAUUGGGUAAUUGGUAAGCUUAAGGUAAUGCUUGCAUUAGCAUAUGAUUCUGCUAAUAUUGAUGAGGAUGAUCAACCUGCUGAUGAAAGGACGCAAAGGCUAUAUUUAGAGGAAGCACUGUACUCAAGAUCAACAUCCGUAGUUCAUGUCCUUUCGUCUUUUGCACAUACAAGCCUUAAGGAUUCUCAGGCAGAACAGUUUCUGAAACUGACUGCCAAGUUGUACAAGCUAUUGGCUCGCAUGGCCAAGUCUCAGAUUGCACCUAAGGGAUACAAACAAGUCAUGCCAGGUCUCAAGUUUCAGAAAUUGGCAGAAGUAACUUGCAGGAUGCUGACUGCUCCACUUUACGUCUUCGUCGCUUUAGUUCAAGAGAAUCAGCAAGCGUCAAAAAGAGGAAUCCUGGCUAGGAUCAAAAGAGAGAGCAAAUGCAUCCCAGAUCUUAUUUUCCAGAUCGAAGAUUACGAGAAGUAUUUAAUCCAGCUGAGCAAGCUUACAAAGGUGAACCUCUUGAGGCAUGCCAAGCGCAGCGUGGCAAGAGACUUUAAGAUUCAAUCGAAGGACGAACUGGAAAGGAACUCUACUGCAGCCAGAGCUGCGUCAUCUGAAAAUAUGCCUGAGGAGGACGCGGAAGGUCCAGAUGCUCCUCUUGAAACAAAUGGUGAUGAAGAUCCACAGGCCAGUGCACGCAGUGAUAACACAGUUGAAGAUUCUGAAUCUGAUGAAGAGGGGGAAAGAGUCUUAGCGAGACGGAAAAGAGCUAAGACGAACAGCAUUGUCCAGGAUUCUGAUGAGGAAGCAGAAGACGAAUAGAUUUUGCUUAGGGUUGAUCACAAAUUCAUUCAGAACAUAAGUUAUAGCUGGCGUCAGGCCAAAGGAAGAUAAGAGUAAAUAGCAAUAGAUACUGACCAGUUUUUGGAUAUUCUCAAUUUCUCAUGCACAGUACAUAGAGAUAUAUAAUGUACUGGAAGCAAACCGUACGUUCUUGCCCUUGUUCAAUUUCUUGCAAAUUUCAACAUGCAGUAUACUUCUACACCAUGAUAUGCUUCGUUGGCUAUAGAAUAUAAUCAUAAACCGUUUGAAAUA